AUUUCCUUUUUAGUAAUGCCUUUAGACCUUCUUUUUCAGAGUAAACGGGACCAUCUCCUUAUGAAUGUCAAAUGGUACUAUCGCCAGUCUGAAGUCCCAGAUUCAGUCUAUCAGCAUUUGGUUCAGGACAGACACAAUGAGAAUGACUCUGGACGAGAGCUUGUUAUUACAGACCCAGUUAUCAAGAACCGAGAGCUCUUCAUUUCAGACUACGUCGACACUUACCACGCUGCUGCCCUCAGGGGAAAGUGUAACAUCUCCCAUUUCUCUGACAUUUUUGCUGCUAGAGAGUUUAAAGCGAGAGUGGAUUCAUUUUUCUACAUACUGGGCUAUAAUCCAGAGACGAGGAGGCUAAACAGUACCCAAGGUGAAAUCAGAGUUGGACCCAGUCAUCAGGCUAAGCUUCCUGAUCUGCAGCCCUUUCCUUCCCCAGAUGGUGACACAGUGACACAGCAUGAAGAACUUGUGUGGAUGCCAGGAGUCAACGACUGUGACUUACUUAUGUACCUUAGGGCAGCAAGGAGCAUGGCAGCUUUUGCAGGCAUGUGUGAUGGAGGAUCCACAGAAGAUGGUUGUGUUGCAGCCUCCCGUGAUGACACUACACUUAAUGCACUCAAUACACUACAUGAAAGUAACUACGAUGCUGGAAAAGCCCUGCAGCGCUUGGUGAAGAAGCCUGUGCCCAAACUGAUUGAGAAGUGUUGGACUGAAGAUGAAGUGGAUCUUUUGGCAUUCCCUUGAGGGACUCUGCUUAAUGACUUUCUGUCUGUGUACGGCGGGGAUGUGUGGAACGGGCUCUGGUGGCUGCUGGGCGCCUCUGCACUUCCAUGGUGCCCCUCUGCUGAGUGCUCCACGUUCAGGUGGGUCCAAAUGGGAGGACAGCUAGUUGUUUAUCACUUUAAAGCCUUUCCACUGAUGUAUUUCUUGCAUGUUACUGCUUAUAAAGGACUGGGUGUUCUUCUGGCCUAAGGGGUGUCUGAUUUUUAUGAUGUCUCUGAUUUUUAUGAUGUCUCUAUGACCAGCAAUGCACGCUCAGAGGUGACAUGAAAAUCCAGUGAGAACAUCAGAGCCUCUGUAGGUUGCUACUAAUGAGCACCAUCGGUGUGUUGGGUUUUCUGUAAAAUCUUGAUGUAAAUUAACUUAGUAAAAAAGACCUUUUAUUUUCAAAAUAUUAUAAAACUUAAAGGAUGCUUUUUUUUGUCUCGGUAAUACAAUUGUUGUAAUAAAUUGACAAGAAAAAUAAGCGGACCACUAUGUAAUAGGAGUGAAUUUGGUUUUAGUAUGUAGUAUGAACUAAAGUCGCAAUCUGCUCAAUGAAUAAAAUAAUCAGGAGGCAAAGGAUGAUCUUAGUUACAAAAACAAUAUGCACACAUGCUUUUAUAUAGCUGUCCUCUUCUGCUGCUUUGCAAAGUGAUCACCUGCAUGUUGCCCAUGGGACGGAGCAGUCUCACCCCAACCUGAGAGCCCCUGGGUGCUGUAGGCUGAAGGCAGAUCUUCCCCCAAAGAUCUGAGCUGCCUCUGCUGGUCGGUGUGAGAUGUGUGCAUGUCCCUGAGGCAGCGCCACAGCCAGGGGAACUGCAGAGGCACCUGGGGAAGUCUCGUGGAGUCUUUGCAUUAAACAAGUUUGCCAGCUGGGUGAUUCCUUCAAGCUUGCUGUGAACUGGUGUAAUCAACAGCAGCACAAGUAUGUAAUGCUAAGGGUAAAAGUGCUGGCUACUUCAAAAUUAAAUUUAAAAAAGCAUUAAGCAGAGUUACGGUAGUGACAGGAAACAAUAAAACAAAGGAAGUUCAGAUGAGGUUGAAGCAUAUCCUGUUCUCCCAGCAGCGGGGUGUAUUAAAGGAACACAGCAGGCCUGAAUAUAGGUUUUCCUUGACAGUUCUUUCCCAAUGGGCUGAUUUCACAGAGUUUGAGGUGAGCUUUGCAGGGUUACAGUACUCAUUCUGUACUCUGUCAUAACCCAGAAUAUCCCAUUACCUUGGGAUACGAGUCCUCCCCCAGUGCCAGGCAGCUUACCCACUGGUCCUGCCUGCUUCUGAGUGCACAGAGCUCCUUGGAGGGGAGAACACCACUAACAUUAGCAUCACUUUUGGCUAUAGCCAAGUUAAUGUGGUGAGGAAAAAAAAGAAUAACGCAAGUUAAUUUUGUAAGAGAGCUGGCAUCUUCAGGCUGAACCUUGUCUUAUGGAUCUUAUGGAAGCUAUGGGGGUACUUCUGUUCCUAGAGGACAGUAUGUGUCAUUUAACCUUAUCAGCAAAUGUCUUUAUUUGUGCUGUACACACAUAAGCGAAAUAUAAUGUUAAAACCCAGCCAAGCUUUUAAUAAAAUGUACUCUGCGUGCUGAAAUGCAGCCAGCGUGCGUAUGCGAUGUCUGCAUGCUAAAAAUUGUUUGGGGCCAUCUAUAAACGUGCUGCACGUUUUGAGUUUUGCAGAUGAGACCAAAUCUCAUUUUCUUUUCAGAACUGCCAUAAUUUCUCAUCCUGGGAAAUUUAGGAAAUAAAGAUGCUUUUACGCAUUUAGUGUUUAUUUGCUGUUAACUAUUAAAGCCCUGUAAAUCUUCUUACUGCAUUUGCCAUAAAACUUAAUAAGGUGCAUUAAAUGUGGGAGAUGGUGACAACUUCAGCUGCUGUCUGCCUUGCAAAUCUUAGGCCCUUCAGAGUGUGCACUGCACCUAUUGCUUCCGUGGUCAUAAAACAAAAGUGCUGUUUUCCAUUCUAACUUCCCUUUUUAUAAACUCAUAAUUUAAGGAAAGGUUUGAGAGAAGAACUUGUUGUUCUUGGAUGUGGUCUAAAGACGGGAUUUUAAAAAAAAUGUUUUUUUUUUUAGAAAAAUUGAA